GUUAUAUCCCAUUCUCAUCCCAUAUAAAUAUACGUAUAUAUCACAUUGUGAACUCUCUCACCUUCACCCUUUGUAUGUUAUUCAUUCUUUCUCCACAUUCUGUUUCUUGACCCAGAAAAAUAAAGGGAAAAUUUUUUCUUUUUCAAUUUUUUCGAAGUGAGAAACUCAGCUGCUGAAGGUUUGUGUUCUCGCUUAUCGUCUGAGCCUGUCGCGGAGGACUCUGCAGUUCGUGCACUUCAGAAUCACUCUGAUUGGGCUCUGCGGGGGUGAUCUGUGUGCAAUUCGGGGCUGGAAAUCUUGCUUGUGUUUCGUGCCUUUGUGAAUUCCCUACGGAAUGAAGAGGUCAAGGGAUGAUGCUUACAUGAGUCCACAACAUAAACGGCCUAUGGUGUCUUCUAGAGGAGAACCCUCGGGGCAACCACAGAUGAUGAGUGGUGGUGGUCAGAGACUAACCACAAAUGAUGCCUUGGCAUAUCUCAAGGCUGUAAAGGAUAUGUUUCAAGAUAAGAGAGAAAAGUAUGAUGACUUUCUGGAAGUCAUGAAGGAUUUCAAGGCUCAAAGAAUUGAUACAACUGGUGUCAUAGCAAGAGUGAAGGAUCUGUUUAAAGGGCACAAAGAUCUCAUUUUAGGAUUUAACACCUUCUUGCCAAAGGGAUAUGAAAUUACACUUCCAUUGGAGGAUGAACAACCUCCCCAAAAGAAGCCUGUUGAAUUUGCAGAAGCCAUAAGUUUUGUGGGCAAGAUUAAGACUCGCUUUCAAAGCAAUGACAGUGUUUAUAAGUCAUUUCUAGACAUAUUAAAUAUGUAUAGAAAGGAAACUAAGUCUAUCACUGAGGUUUACGAGGAGGUUGCUGCACUUUUCCAGGACCAUGCAGAUCUUCUUGAGGAGUUUACGCAUUUUCUUCCUGAUACUUCAGGAACAGCCUUUAAUCACUAUGCUUCUACUCGAAAUCCUCUGCUUCGUGAUAGGAGCUCUGCGAUGCCAACAGUGAGGCAAAUGCAUGUUGAAAAGAGAGAGAGGAACAUUGCUUCACAAGGUGAUCGUGACUUCAGUGCUGACCAUCCUGAUCCAGAACUUGACAGAGGUUUGAUCAAGGCUGAUAAGGAUCAGAGGAGGCGUGGGGAGAAGGAAAAAGAAAGUAGAGAAGAGAAAGACAGGAGACAGCGGGAAAGGGAUGACAGAGAUUAUGAUCACGAUGGUAGUAGGGAAAAUUUAUCUCACAAGCGGAAAUCUGCUUGUAGGGCUGAAGAUUCUGGCGCUGAACCGAUGCAUGAUACUGAUGAAAAUUUUGGCAUGCACCCUGUCUCAUAUGCAUGUGAGGAUAAAAGUUCUUUGAAAAGUAUGUAUAGUCCAGUGAUUGGUUACCUUGACAAAGUGAAGGAGAAAUUACCAAAUCCCGAGGAUUACCAGGAAUUUUUGAAGUGCCUAAACAUCUACUGCAAGGAAAUAAUUGCCCGUCAUGAAUUGCAAUCAUUGGUGAGCAAUUUGCUGGGAAAACAUGCAGACCUUAUGGAUGGAUUUGAUGAAUUUUUGUCUCAAUGUGAAAAGAAUGAAGGAUUCCUAGCUGGUCUUCUAAAAAAAGUAAAAUCCUUUUGGCAUGAAGGACAUGGACCUAAACCAAUGAAGCUAGAGGACAGGGAUCGUGAUAGGGAUGAUGGGAUGAAAGAAAGGGAUCGUAGAGAAAGGGACAAAUCCAAUGCAAUUGCUAACAAGGAUGUUUCUGCUCCUAAGAUGUUUCAAUAUGGCAGCAAAGAUAAGUAUUCAGGAAAGCCUAUAAGUGAGCUGGAUCUUUCCAACUGUGAACAAUGCACCCCUAGUUAUCGCCUUCUACCCAAAAAUUACCUAAUACCGCCAGCCAGCCAGAGAACAGAACUUGGUGCAGAGGUGUUGAAUGAUUACUGGGUUUCUGUUACUUCGGGUAGUGAGGACUAUUCCUUUAAACAUAUGCGCAAAAAUCAGUAUGAGGAGAGUUUGUUUAGAUGUGAAGAUGACAGGUUUGAACUUGACAUGUUGUUAGAGUCUGUAAAUGUGGCAACUAAGCGUGUUGAAGAACUCUUAGAAAAGAUUAAUGCUAAUAUAAUUAAAGGAGACAGUCCAAUUCGUAUUGAGGAGCACUUGACAGCUCUAAAUCUUAGAUGCAUAGAAAGACUAUAUGGUGAUCACGGGCUUGAUGUAAUGGAUGUGCUAAAGAAGAAUGCAUCUUUAGCUUUGCCAGUCAUAUUAACCCGCUUGAAGCAGAAACAGGAUGAGUGGGCAAGGUGUCGUGCUGAUUUUAAUAAAGUUUGGGCUGAAAUAUAUGCAAAGAACUACCACAAAUCACUUGAUCAUCGUAGUUUUUACUUUAAGCAGCAGGAUACUAAGAGCUUGAGCGCUAAAGUCUUACUGGCUGAAAUCAAAGAAAUUAGUGAGAAGAAAAGAAAAGAAGAUGAUGUUCUUCUUGCAAUUGCUGCUGGAAACAGACAGCCAAUUAUUCCUCACUUGGAAUUUGUGUAUCCUGAUCCAGAGAUCCAUGAAGAUCUGUAUCAACUCAUAAAAUAUUCUUGUGGAGAAAUGUGUACAACUGAACAGUUGGAUAAAGCUAUGAAGAUUUGGACAACAUUUUUAGAACCUGUGUUUGGAGUCCCGUCUCGAUCUCAAGGUCCAGAGGAUGUUGUCAAGGAUAGGAACAAUUCUGCCAAAAGUGGCACUGAAGUUGUUGCUGGUGAUGGUAGUCCUGUAAUCAAUCCUAAGAAUUUAAACAUAAAUAGAAAUGGGGAUGAAAACUUUCCAUUUGAGCAAUCUCAUUCCUGCAAACAAUGGCAACCAAGUGGACAUGCUAAGGUUAAAAAGGAUAAUCAUCUUGAUUCGGACAGCUUUGCACAAAAGACUGGAGCCUUAGGGAGUAAUACGCAGCAGGGUAAAAUGAAUAUAGAUGCAUCUAUUCCUGAUGAAGUAUCAAGAGCCAAUAAGCAAGAUCAUUCCACUGAACGGUUGGUGAAUGCUGAUGUCUCACUAUCCUCGGCUGUGGAGCAAAAUAAUAGAAGUACAAAUGUGGAUAAGGCAACAGGACUUGCUGCUACUCCAUUAAGACCUGCUAAUAUAUCUUCAGUAGGAGGAGUUGGUUUAGCUUCAUUAGAGGGUGCUGAUUCUGCACGACCAGUUACAUCAACAAAUGGGGCCAUCAUUGAGGACUCUAAAGUUCACAGACAUCGGGAAGAAUCAGUGGGACACUUCAGAUGUGAAAGAGAAGAGGGUGAGUUAUCACCUAAUGGAGACUUUGAAGAGGAUAACUUUGCAGUUUAUGGACAUACCAGUUCGGAUGCAGUUCAUAAAGGAAAGGAUAGUAACAUUUCCCGACCAUACCAAAACAGACAUGGGGAAGUAGUUCGUGGUGAAGCAGGAGGAGAAAAUGAUGCUGAUGAUGAAGGAGAAGAAAGUCCCCAUAGAUCAUUGGAGGAUAGUGAAAAUGCUUCAGAAAAUGGAGAUAUUUCUGGCACAGAGUCUGCUGAUGGUGAGGAGUGUUCUCGAGAACGUGAGGAGGAUGGGGGUCAUGAUCAUGAUGACAAGGCUGAGAGUGAAGGUGAGGCGGAAGGAAUGGCUGAUGCCAAUGAUGUUGAAGGGGAUUGUGCCUCAUUGCCAUAUUCAGAACGCUUUCUUGUCAAUGUAAAGCCUCUGGCAAAAUAUGUUCCUCCGACAUUGCAUGAGAAAGAAAGGAUUGGUCGAGUCUUUUAUGGAAAUGAUUCCUUUUAUGUGCUAUUUAGACUUCAUCAGACAUUGUAUGAGAGGAUACGCUCUGCAAAGGUUAACUCAUCGUCUUCUGAAAGGAAGUGGAGGGCUUCAAAUGAUACAGACUCUACUGAUCAAUAUGGCAGGUUUUUAAACGCCCUUUACAAUUUACUGGAUGGUUCUUCUGAUAGUACAAAAUUUGAGGAUGACUGUCGAGCUAUUAUUGGAACUCAAUCAUAUGUCUUAUUCACAUUGGAUAAGUUGAUAUAUAAACUUGUUAAACAGCUUCAAGCUGUUGCCGCUGAUGAGAUGGAUAGCAAGCUGCUUCAACUAUAUGCAUACGAAAAAUCAAGAAAACCUGGGAGAUUUGUUGAUUUAGUUUGUCAUGAAAAUGCUCGUGUUCUUCUUCAUGAUGAGAACAUAUAUCGUAUUGAAUGUUCACCUUCACCUACCCAAUUGUCUAUUCAACUGAUGGACUAUGGAUUUGAUAAACCCGAAGUGACUACUGUGUCAAUGGACCCUAAUUUUUCGGCCUAUCUGCACAAUGACUUCCUAUCUGUUGUCCCAGACAAAAAGGAGAAGUCUGGAAUUUACUUGAAGAGGAAUAAGCGCAAGAAUGGCAGUGGUGAUGAAUUUUCAAGCCAGACCAUGGAUGGACUACAAAUUGUCAAUGGACUGGAGUGUAAGAUAGCUUGCAAUUCGUCUAAGGUUUCAUACGUUUUAGACACUGAAGACCUUUUAUAUCAAACAAGAAGAAAAAAAAGGAGGUCCUUGCAUCAGAGCAGUUCAUGCCUUGAACAAUCAAACUCCUCAAAAAUUUCUUCAAGCAGAGAACAACGAGUCUGCAAAUUAUUUUCAAAUUGACGAUGAUUCAUUUUGAACCCAAGAUGUGUUUUUGGUCAUGCAUCAAUGGCAGGCAGAGGUGCCAGAUGGAAAUUGGAUGUUAUUUCAGAAAUUCAUCUUUCUUGCAUUUUCUGCAACUUUCAACCAAAUAAGGCAAUACAGAAAGGAGACGAGGUACGAAGAUUGUAGUAUACUCUGACAUGGUGAAUGAUGAUGAGUUUGAAUCAUGUAAAUAGAGAACUAAAGGAUAUUUUCUUUCCAUUCAUCCAUAUUUUUCCAUCGUAAUAAGUUUUAUAUUCUCUUUAGGUGACAACUAAUUUUUUGAGGUUAUUUCAUUUUGUGAAAUAUUAAUUAGGUGGCUGCAAUUGGCCCACACAUUUUAUUGCGUAGUGCAUGAACCAGGUUCACCUGUUAGAUACUGAUGUUUGCUUCCCCCUUGACCUCUUCUUUCUCAUUCUCUUAUAAUAAUUUAACAUGUAAUGGAAUCUUGGGGGAAUCAUGUCAGCUCAUGUAUAAUCUAUAUCAUAACACUUUUCAUUCGCCAUUUGGAAUUAA